CGAGUCACCAGACGGAAAAGUUUCAGACCGAAGACGCGUACUGAUUGGUCGCCUGCUGUUCGCGCCUUGUCACGCCUUCCCAUUCUGAUGCAGUGGGUGUUAUCGCUGCCUGUUAUCUCAGGCAUCAAACCUGUUUUCUCACCCAUACCCAUAUGUGACUUGUGCGACCGGCCAUUCAGUCAUCGCUUCAUCUUCCCCCCGCUCGACAGGGAUUCGGCUUUGAUGCAUGAAAAGAUGAAAUACGGAGUACGGAGUAUUCGAACUAUUUUUAAGUACUCAGUAGGUUGAGCAGCCUCAAGUCAUACCUACGUUUUAACUACGUAAAGUACUUAAGUACCGUAGCC